AUGGAUACCAAAAUUCAAUCACAGUUUAUUUAUAUACCAAUCAGAGGUUUUAAUGAUCAAGCAUUAAAAAUUGAUAUUUCCUCAUUACCAGAUUCAAAAGAAUUGAUUGAAGUACUAAAAGCAGAAUUAGCACCAUUAGAUCUUUGGUUAAAAUUAGCAAAUGAAUAUUAUAAACAAGAUAGAAUUACAGAUUUCAUAGAGGUAUUAAAACAAGUUACAGAUGCAGAUUUAGAACAAUAUUAUAAAGAUUCUAAAUUAGAUAGAAUUGCAAUGUUGAAUGCAUUAGCAAGUUAUUAUACACAAUUAGGUUCACAAGAAAAAGAUAAAUCAAGAAGAGAGGAAUACUUUUCAAAUGCAACAUUUCAUUUCACAAAAGCUGAUAGAAUCGAUCCACAUCAACCAUUAACCUGGAUUGGUAAAGCUGUACUCUUAUUAACAAAAGGUGAUUAUGAACGUGCUGAAUCAAAUUUUAAACAAGUAUUAGAUUUAGCAAAAUCAAAUAACACAUUACCAGUUUUACCUGCAAAAUUAGGUUCUGCAUGUAUUUUAUUUAAUCAAGGUAAUUAUAUUAAAGCAUUGGAUACAUAUCAAAAAGUUAUACAACAAAAUUCAAAUUGUUUACCAUCGGUUAGAUUGGGAUUAGGAUAUUGUUAUUUUAAAUUGGGUAGAACCAAGAAAGCGAAGGAAGCAUUCAAGAGAGUAUUAGAAUUGGAUAGAGAUAAUGUUGAAGCUAUGAUUGGUUUAGCAUUGGUAUUGAUGAAUGAGAAUCAAAUACCAGAAGCAAUGAAAUUGAUUUUAUCCGCUUACCAAUUAGCACCAACCAAUUCAAUUGUAUUGAAUCAUUUAGCAAAUCAUUAUUUCUUUAGAGGUGAAUAUAAUAAAGUGAACACAUUGGGUGUUGCCGCAUUCAAUAAUACCGAUGUGGCUCAUAUUAAAGCCGAGUCUGCAUAUCUCAUUGGUAGAGCAUUUCAUGCAACUCAACGUUGGCAAGAUGCAAUUCAAUAUUAUCAUCAAGCAGUUCAAAAGAAUCCUGAUCUUUAUUUGGCUCAAUUUGGUCUCGGUCAAAUUCAUAUUCAUAAUGAAGAUUAUGAUAAAGCAAUAUUAUGUUUUGAACAAGUUUUAUCAAAACAACCAAAUAAUUAUGAAACACUUCAAAUUUUAGGUUCAUUAUAUAAACAUGGUUCAUUAUAUAAAUCAAAUGUUAAAUCAACUACUACCACUACAUCAACAACAACAACAACAAAUAAUAAUAUUAAUAUUAAUAAUAAUAAUAAUUUAUCAAAUGAAAUUAUAAAUAAAAUUAAAAAUGUAUUAAAGAAAGCAACAGAAUUAAAUCCAAAUGAUUCAAGUAAUUGGUUUGAAUUAGGACAAGUAUUAGAAUCAACAGAAGUUUCAACAGCAUUGGAAGCUUAUGAAAAAGGUUUAAAUCUUUUAAAGAAGGAUGGUAUUGUACCAUCAUUAGAGAUUCAAAAUAAUAUUGCAGUACUUAGACAUCAAAAAGGUUUGUUGGUAGAAGCAGAGCAAACCUAUUUAGAUAUUAUUAAACAAUCUGGUUAUCAAUUGAAUCAAUUCAAAUCGAUUAAUAUCACCUCAACCUAUAAUUUAGCACGUCUUUAUGAGACUAUGGGUCAAGUUAAUAAGGCUGAAGAGUUAUAUAAAGGUAUCAUCAAGGAGCAUCCAAACUAUUAUGAUUGUUACUUACGUCUAAGUUGUAUUUGUAAACAACAAGGUGACUACUAUGAAGCUGGUGAAUGGAUUAGAGAGGUGUUGGAUAUCCAACCUGACAACCAAGAGGCAUGGGCACUCUAUGGUAAUCUCCAUCUUUACAAAGAGGAGUGGUAUCCUGCUCAAAAGAAUUUCGAACAAAUCACAGAGAACCCUGACAACAAGAAUGAAACCUAUGCAAGUUUAUCAUUGGGUAACAUCUAUUACAAUGCUAAAUUCUCGAAUCCUGACAAGGUUGAAAAAUACAUUCUCAACGCUGAACAAUUCUAUAAUCGUGUACUCACAAAGAAUCCAACCAAUAUUUACGCAGCAAAUGGUAUCGGUAUGAUUAUUGCCGAGAAGGGUAAUUUGAAUUUAGCCGGUGAAACAUUCCUUCAAAUUCGUGAAGCCUCAAUGGAUUGUAUACCGGUUUCUGUGAAUUUAGCUCAUAUUUACGUCUCAAAGGGUCUCUUUGAUAAUGCCAUUAAAUUGUAUGAGGGUUGUCUAAAGAAGAGUACUUCACCCAAAGAGAUUGAAACCAUCAUUAUGUAUUUGGCAAAGGUUUAUUUCGAUGCAAAUCGUUUCUAUGAUUCAAAACAAACCUUAAAGAAAGCAAUUCAUAUGUAUCCUCAUAAUUUAUCAAUUCAUUUCAAUUUAGCCAUCUCCAUUGAAAUGCAAGCUACAAUCUUUUUAGAGAAACAUCAAAAGAAUGCCACUGAAACUUUUAAUAUCAUUAAAGAGUUGGAGUUUGCUCAAAGAUUACUCACUCCAUUGGCAAAUACAAAAUCAACUCCAAAAUUAAAUUUCAGUCCUUCAAAAGCUAAAACUCAUCAAACUUCAAUCGAAAAGAUCUUGGUUUCUUUACGUACCGAGCAUGAAUCUAUCGUAAAGAUUGAAGCUGAUCUAUCAAAGAAAAGAGAGGCUGCCUUUGAAGAGGUUAAGAGAUUAGAAGAGGAAAAGAGAAUCCGUGAUCUUGAAUUAAAACAACAAUUAGAGGAGAAAUUAGAAGCUGAAAGAAAAUUAGCCUUUGAGGAAGAAGAGAAAACUCGUGAAGAAUUAGCAAAGAAUAAUGCCGCUGCUGCAAUGAUUGAUGAUGAUUACAAAGAUGGUGAAGGUGGUUCAACUAAAAAGAGAAAGAAAAAUAAAAAAGAUCAACAACAACAAGAUGAUGACUUUGAUGAUCAACCAGCUGAGUCAAAGAAAAAACAAAAGAAAGAAAAGAAAGAAAAGAAGGAAAAGAAAGAAAAGAAAGAAAAGAAAAAGAAAUCUAAGAAAGUUAGUGGUGAAGGUGAAGAGGGUGCUGAUGAUAAUAAUGAUACUGAACAACAACAAGAAGAAAUGGCUGAAGAUGGUGAUCAUAAAGAGAAAAAGAAGAAAAAGAAGAGUAAAAAAGAUAGAAAAGAUAAAAAAGAUAAAAAACAAAAGAGAAAAGAAAAGAAACAAAGAGAAAAAGAAGAAAGAGAAGGUGAGGAAGAUGAUGAAAAUGAAGAAACUGAAAAUAGAGAAGAACAAGAUGAUGAUAAUACUGAAAAAGUUGAUCAAGAAAUGCAAGAUGCGAAAGAAGCUGAAAAACAAAAAGAAGUUGAAGACUUUUUUGGUAGUGAAAAUGAAAUGUAA